AUGAUGGAGGACUAUACAAACAAGCAUGAAGAUUCUAGUAACUCUGCCUCUUUUCUUCCAAAGCAUCUCCGCGACAUGAGAAAAUACUUGCUCAUCCAGAAUUCCGGCAACUUGAACGAACUUAUGAACUGGACUAUCAUCAUCCUUGGCUGCCGGCUCUUCCUCCGUGUUGAUGAAGUGCUGUCACUGCAGAUCGAAUCAUUCGUUCCCCAGUACUUUGCAGUCAAAGAGAAAAAGGUGCUUUCCCUUUGCGUGAAGAUUACUAGGAAAACUGGUGACGAUGAGUCGGAAGAUCAGCACUUCCAAGUUCACGAUGAUCCUUAUUACCCUGAAUUCUCACCUGUUCGACCCUUGCUACUGUUCAUCGCAGCAUCCAAAAGAAUGCAGGGCUACAUUUUCCCUGUGAAAGAGCAGAUGUUUGAAGCAAAUGCAACCAAGGCUUAUCACUGUAAUGACUUUCUCAACACUUUACACUAUCUUGUCAAGGAUGUUCUUGGAAUGGACCUCUCGUCUGGCAGCGGUCGUCAUCAUCUUUAUGCAGGCACCCAUAUUCUUCGCAAGACUGCCCUUCUUCUUGCCUACUGGGGUACCAAGAUGGGAAAGAUAAAUCACAGCGAAAUGAACAUUCAUCAUGGAGGAAUACCAAUUGAAGAUUUGGCAGCGAUAUACAAUGAUCCAAGAAAUGAUUCCAUGCUCUGUGAUGGAAGGCGCGAAAUCUCAACAAGUAUAGCGGCAGAUCUUGGCGAUGCGGCAACAUUGUUUGCUCUCUACUCCCGCCUGGGCAAUCGUGACCCCGAUCAAAUGGUUGGACCUUACAUGCCCAUCUCCAUGUGCAUCGCCAAUGCGAGUGAUGAUAGUCACCCAAUCAACAAUAAAACUCUCCCAGAGCUUGCGGCUUGGUUUGUGUUCGACAUUAUGGAAGUUGACAAGGACACGGUACUGAAAGCCAAUAUUCCACUCCUCUGUUCUAUGGCUCAUUCCCUAGAUCAUGCUGAUAAUGCUGUGAAUAUAACACCAACCAACAUACUGGAGGAACUCCGGGCCCAUCUUCCACCUGACCUGUUUAGUCAGGUUGCGGGUCACUUAUCAAGUAGUAACAUGUAA